AUGAGUGUCAACAUAACAUAUGCCGCUACAUUCCCGCUUCCGCCUGGACCUCCCGCCCGUUGGUUCUGGAGCAACGCUUUACCUGCUGUGAACACUGCCCAUGGGCUGACCGACUUGGUCCGGGAGUAUGGCCCGAUCGUGUCGUUGCGACAAGGUAACCAAGUGAUAGUUGUCAUUGGCAGCGUUGAGGCAGCCACGGGCAUCAUGGAGAAAGAGGGUGCGUCACUGGUUGAUCGACCUCGGUCCAUUGCUGCGGGUGAGAUGCUCUCAAAGGGAAUGCGAAUUCUCAUGGCUCGUUCCGGAGAUCGCUUCCGGCGCCUCCGAAAAGCAGUACAUACCCAUUUACAGCCGAAGGUGGCAGAGGCAUACCAAGAUAUGCAGCGCGAGAAUGCAAUGAUUUUUGUAUUGGAUGUGCUGAAUGAUCCAAAGAACCCUCAGAAGCACGCACAGCGGUUUGCAGCAUCAGUCAUUCUUCGGGUGACUUAUGGGAAGUCUGUGCCCACUGCCAACACCGAUCCUGAAGUUGUCCGUAUCCACAGAGUCAUGGAGCAUUUUCAGGUUGUGAUGCGCCCAGGAGCUUAUCUCGUCGAUCGUGUGCCUCUUUUGCGCUACUGGCCUGGUUACGGGAAACAACUUGCUCAGUGGCAUCGUGAGGAGCUAAAGCUAUACAAGCAUCAGCUGCAGCGCGAUCAAAACAAAGCCGGCCCCUCUUUUACCAAGACACUAUUGGAGCACGCCAACGAAUACAAACUCUCCACAGACGAAAUGGCAUAUCUUGCCGGAUCACUCUUUGGGGCAGGAUCUGAUACGACCGCUGUUGCAAUGACCGUUGCUAUUAUGGCUGCAGCAUGUUACCCAGCGGCCCAGGCAAAGGUGCAUGAGGAGCUUGAUAUGGUCAUCGGGUCAGACAGAGCGCCAACAUUUGAAGACUCAAGAUCCCUCCCCCAAUUGCACGCGUUCUUGUUGGAAAGUUUGAGAUGGAGACCUGUCAUUCGCAUAGGAUUUCCACACCGUGCAACAAAGGAUAUUUUUUGGCAAGGAUACUGCAUUCCUGAGGGUGCAAUAGUCUAUGGGUGCCAAUGGGCUAUUUCUCGCGAUCCUAUUGCCUUCCCAGAUCCUGAAACGUUCGAUCCCCAGCGCUGGAUUGACUCAGAAGGCCGCCUCAAAGACAGCGUCAAGUUCAUCACAUACGGCUUUGGUAGACGUGUAUGUCCCGGUCUGCACCUCGCAAACCACUCAUUGUACAUCAGCCUCGCACUUCUCUUGUGGUCUUUCCAUAUCGCUCAACGACCCGAUGCCCCGAUCAACACGCAUGCUUUCUUGGAUGCUGUUAUUGCCCACGCAAUGCCAUUUGAAAUCGAUGUCAUUCCCCGGAUCGAAGUUGCGAAAUUGAAAGAGCUUAUGACCGACGGUGUAUAG